GAGAGCGAGAGAGAGGGUGGGGGCGAAGUGUAAAGGAGGAAGAAUGAGGAAGAGCUCCUCGCUUGCUGCUCGCCUGGUCCCAACAACACAUGCGGGCUUUGCUGAUGAGGCGCCGCCGCGGUCAUUCAGGUCGCUCCGGAGGCGCUCCAUGGAAACAAGCCGCCGGCAGCCGCCAAGACGAUACCACCACUACCACCAAGAGAUAAACAAACAAACACAGACAGAAAAAAAGUGCCCGUUCAUGGGAAUCCGGACUCUGGUCUUGUGCCCCUCUCUUUUCUUGUGUGAGCCUCGCCUCCGUAUAAGAAGAGCUCCACUCGGAUCACCUCCACUCCUCCUUACCGGGCUUCCGCGGCUCCUCCCCCCCGGUUUCUCUCUCACCGCUCACGACUUGUAAGAAAGGUUCUUCUUAAGAUUGUUGCUGAUCUGGACAUCACCAUGGCUCUCAGACUAUCAGUGAUCGCCCUCAUCGUCCUCGUUGAGCUCCAGCCCCUGCUCGCCGGCGCUCCCCCCGAGCCCAGCUUGGGCAGCUCAGUGGCGGCGGUGUCCACCAACAAAACCGAAUGCAGCAAACCUGAGGAGUGCUCCCCGGGUGUCAUCCUCCCCGUGUGGGAGCCUAUGAACCCGUCCUUCGGUGACAAGGUGGCCCGGGCCACGGUGUACUUCGUGGCUCUGGUGUACAUGUUCCUGGGCGUGUCCAUCAUAGCGGAUCGGUUCAUGGCGUCUAUAGAGGUGAUCACAUCCCAGGAGAAGGAGAUCACGAUUAAGAAGCCCAACGGCGAAACCACGACCACAACCGUCCGGAUCUGGAACGAGACUGUCUCUAAUCUCACCCUCAUGGCUCUGGGCUCCUCGGCUCCAGAGAUUCUGCUGUCAGUCAUCGAGGUCAUAGGCCACGGGUUCGACGCCGGCACACUAGGCCCGUCUACCAUCGUGGGCUCGGCCGCGUUCAAUAUGUUUGUCAUCAUCGGGCUUUGCGUUUAUGUGGUGCCCGACGGCGAGACGAGGAAGGUGAAGCAUCUGCGUGUGUUCUUCGUCACGGCCUCCUGGAGCAUCUUCGCCUACAUCUGGCUCUACCUGAUCCUGUCCGUCAUCUCGCCUGGAGUGGUCCAGGUGUGGGAGGCGCUGCUCACCUUUUUCUUCUUCCCUAUCUGCGUUGUCUUUGCCUGGGUGGCGGACCGCCGUCUACUUUUCUACAAGUACGUCUACAAGCGCUACAGGACGGGGAAGCAGCGAGGAAUGAUCAUCGAAACCGAGGGCGACCGUCCGCUUCCUUCUAAGGUGGACAUCGAAAUGGACGGCAAGAUGCUGAACUCUCACGGUGUGGACUUCCUGGACGGUCCGCUGGGUUUGGACAUUGACGAGAAGGACUUGGAUGAGGAGGAGACCAGGAGAGACAUGGCCAAAAUCCUGAAGGAGCUCAAACAGAAGCACCCUGACAAAGAGGUGGAGCAGCUCAUCGAGCUGGCCAACUACCAGGUCCUGAGCCAGCAGCAGAAGAGUCGCGCUUUCUACCGCUGCCAGGCCACCCGCCUCAUGACGGGCGCCGGUAACAUCCUGAAGAAGCACGCCGCCGAUCAGGCGCGGAAGGCCGUCAGCAUGCACGAAGUCCGCUCCGACGCCGGCGAAAACGACCCCGUCUCCAAGAUUUUUUUCGAACCUGCCACUUACCAGUGCUUGGAGAACUGCGGCACUGUGGCGGUGAACGUGGUGAGGCGCGGCGGCGACUUAGCCAAGACACUUUCUGUGGAGUACCGCACGGAAGACGGCACCGCCAACGCUGGCUCGGACUAUGAGUUCACCGAGGGUGUGGUGGUGUUCAAGCCCGGCGAGACCAUGAAGGAGAUCCGCGUCGGGAUCAUCGACGACGACAUCUUUGAGGAGGAUGAGAACUUCCUGAUUCAUCUCUCCAACGUGAAGAUACUGACCUCAGACGGAGAUGAACCCGAGGAAGACGGAUCGGCCAAUCACGUAGACUCGCUGGCCUGCCUGGGCUUGCCCUCUACGGCGACCGUCACCAUUUUCGACGAUGACCACGCCGGUAUCUUUACUUUUGAGGAGCCCGUGUUCCACGUGAGUGAGAGCGUGGGCACCAUGGAGGUGAAGGUGCUGAGAACGUCGGGGGCUCGCGGUGUCGUCAUGCUGCCCUACAAAACGAUCGAGGGCACAGCGCGAGGAGGCGGUGAGGACUUCGAAGACGCGCACGGCCUUCUGGAGUUCCAGAACGACGAGAUCUUCAAAACCAUCAACGUGAAAAUAAUUGAUGACGAGGAGUACGAGAAGAACAAAACCUUCUACGUAGAGAUCGGAGAACCUCGCCUGGUGGAGAGCGACGACUCCAAAGGUCGGGAGGAGGACGAGAAGCAGCAGCAGAAGGAGGAGGAGCUGCAGGAGGAAGAGGAGGCAUUGACAGGAAAGGAUGAGGAGGAGAGACGCAUCGCUGAGAUGGGCCGCCCCAUGCUGGGGGACCACGUCAAACUGGAGGUGGUCAUAGAGGAGUCCUAUGAAUUCAAGAACACGGUGGACAAGCUGAUAAAGAAGACGAACCUGGCUCUGCUGGUAGGAACCAACAGCUGGAGAGACCAGUUCAUAGAGGCCAUCACUGUCAGUGCAGGCGAGGAUGACGACGACGAGGAGUGUGGCGAGGAGAAGCUGCCGUCGUGCUUCGACUACGUCAUGCACUUCCUCACCGUCUUCUGGAAGGUUCUGUUCGCCUUUGUGCCGCCCACAGAGUACUGGAACGGCUGGGCGUGCUUUGUGGUGUCCAUCUGCAUGAUCGGCCUGCUCACCGCCAUCAUCGGCGACCUGGCGUCUCAUUUUGGCUGCACAGUCGGCCUGAAAGACUCCGUCACGGCUGUUGUUUUUGUUGCGUUGGGAACAUCCGUACCCGACACCUUUGCCAGCAAGGUGGCAGCCAUCCAGGAUCAGUACGCCGACGCCUCCAUUGGCAACGUGACAGGCUCCAAUGCUGUUAAUGUGUUCCUGGGCAUCGGGGUGGCGUGGUCCAUCGCCGCCAUCUACCACCAGAGCAUCGGGGGCCAGUUCAAGGUGGACCCGGGCAAGCUGGCCUUCUCCGUCACGCUCUUCACCAUCUUUGCCUUCAUCUGCGUCGCCAUGCUGAUGUACCGGCGGCGGCCCGAGAUCGGCGGCGAGCUGGGCGGGCCGCGGACUGCCAAGGCCCUGACCACCAUGCUGUUCAUCAGCCUGUGGCUCCUCUACAUCCUCUUCUCCUCGCUGGAGGCCUACUGCCACAUCCAGGGCUUCUAGGACGGCGGGAGACGAGCCUGCGGGGACAGGCGGCCCAGACGUGGAUGUGGAGGGACGUGGAGCUUGUCUGGUUGGUCUAUCAUUCCCUCCCUUCAAGGAUCGACUGACGAAUGAACGGAUGAAGGAGGAUGCGUUCAUGCGUCUGGAAACACAACAGGAAGGAAACGCGUGGACAAGAGGACACACGCACAUGAGAAGAGUUCUUUGAAUGCAUUUCUUUUCUUAACUUAAAAAUGAAGCCACUAAAACUUGUCUUAAAUUCCCAUUUGGCAUCCAUAGCCCUCACACACACACACACACACAUACACACACACACACAUGGUAGAAAUCAAGCAAAAAGACUGAAUUGUUGUGUUUGUGCGUCAGUGCAUGAGCAGACCACAAGCACGGGACGACGGCGGCGCCGGCGUUUUUGCUGCUGCUGACAGACUUCGCAUUUCCGUCGUGCUGGCGUUUGCCGGGAAAGAUGAGUCGAGUACUGUGAAAACACACACAAAAAAAAAAAAAGUCAUGUUUUUGCCACGGGAGACUGAAAAAACGCUUUUUUUGUCGGCCUGUAGAAAUGCUCGUAAUGGGAGGGGCCAACUAAAAUGUAAAUACGGCUGAACUUCCUGUUUGUUUAGUUCUGAAGCUGAAUGUUCCGGUUGUGCUCUCCUGAACGGCCGUCUUUCUGUUGCUUUAUAGAUGUAAAUCAGACAAAUUGGGGGCGGGGGGGGGGGGUAGAGUGCUUAUACCUUUAAUAAGGCCACACAACAUGGCCGCUGUACCGUUUAAAACUGUUAGAGACUAUUACGAGUGCAUAUAAAUAUAUAUAAAUAUAUAAAUAUCUAGGUUAAUUUUACGUGAUAAAAAAAUAAUAAGGUACCACCUUCUGUCCUUCAUCCCAGUGUGUCUUAACGAAAACCACAACCCCCGAACGGUCACCGACAGACCAAUCACAAUCCUUAAGGGCUUUGCAGUAAUGGCCACUGACUUUCUACACAUUGUUUUUUUUGUCUUUAAGAUAAUUCUUGUGAGUACCUCCUGGUAUUAAAAAAUCAUAACAGAAGAUCCAAGUGUUUUCAGGUAAGCCUGAAAACUUCAAUCUUGGUGAAAAUGUGAGUCAAUUGAGAAAAUACACAAUAUUUUUAAUUGGAAAAACCCAAUAAAUGACAGUUAAGUGUUGUUUUCCCUGCACAAAUUGACAUUAAGCAAGAUUAAAUAGAAUCAUUCAUUCAUUCAGUCAUUCAUUUUCUACCGCUUUUCCUCACGAGGGUCGCGGGGGGCGCUGGAGCCUAUCCCAGUUGUCUUUGGGCGAGAGGCGGGGUACACCCUGGACUGGUGGCCAGCCAGCCAAUCACAGGGCACAUAUAGACAAACAACCAUUCACACUCACAUUCAUACCUAUGGACAAUUUGGAGUCGCUAAUUAACCUAGCAUGUUUUUGGAAUGUGGGAGGAAACCGGAGUACCCGGAGAAAACCCACGCAUGCACGGGGAGAACAUGCAAACUCCACACAGAGAUGGCCGAGAGUGGAAUUGAACUCUGGUCUCCUAGCUGUGAGGUAUGCGCACUAACCACUCAACCACCGUGCCGCCCUAAAUAGAAUCAUGUCAAAAAUUAAACAUUUUUUCAUACAUGUCAAAUCAAUUUGGUUCCAAAAAAGGUCCCAUAUAAAUGGAAAGUGUUGUAAAAUUUCGACUUUUAGGAAUCCCAUUUGCAUAACUUUAACUUCACUUUCCGAAAAUUUACCAGGAUUACCAGGACUUGUACCAGUAUAACUAUUAUAAGACAUUGAGUGAUUGUUUUUUUUUUUUUUAGGAACACAGCUAAAUAAUCCUAACUAAUUCAAUGAAAACGAUUCGAUAAAUGACAUGACCAAUUUUCUAAUGCUUUUCCAGACUGUUAACAAUACAAAAAAUAGAAUUUAAUGAACUAAAUGUUGAUUGGUACAGUCGUGAUGCGUCUGAAUUCUUGGCCAAACCUUUCCUGCUGAUGUAGUUGUUUUUUUAAUAUAUAUAUAUAUAUAGCUGAUAUAUUUGAAAAUGUCAACCGUAAGUAAGUAGAUAAGUAGACUUAAUCCGUUCCAAAUCGUACCCAACUGGAGGCGGGCAGGGCCGUGGACUGGACGAGUUUAGCUAACCCAAAAACCUCUAAAUGAUGACUCUAGAAUGGCGCUGGUCUCCUGAAUGACUGAACUCACACCACAACACCAAAAAAAAAAAUAUCUCAAUUGUGAUGGCUCCGAUAUUCCAAACUCUGCAUGAUGCACACCUUUUUUUCCAGUUGGGAGUUCUCCUUUAAAGGCCUUGGAGUGCCAGUUUACCCCUGUUUUGUCAAAGGGACACAUUUCUAUCCGAAUAUUUGCCGUGCGUAAAGGGUUUUCUAGCCGAUGGCUCUUUUUCUUAAGAAAACACCAGAAAAACUGCUAAUUCUUAAUAGCUUGUUUAGAAGCGAAGAACCACAUUGGAACUUCUGGAUGUUAUUUGUCUCUUCACUGGCAUGGAGCUGAUGGUUUAUACACUGUAAAAAGUUACGCUUAUAUGUGCAAAAGAAGAAGGGAAAAUAAGUUGUUAGGUAGCUUCAACUUUUGACCGUUCAUUGGGUUCGGUGUUGUUGGACUUCCUGCAUCUUCAUUUGUACCUACCGGUGCAAGAAUCGAACACUUGUCGUUGUUUGCAUCCACUUCCACUUCUUCCGGGCUUUUUAUAGAGGAAAGAACUCCGCACUCUGAGUUUUCGCAAGGCUUGACAGGUGGAAACUGAUGCAUUCAAGGCUGCUGGUAAACAGAAACGUAAACGUAAACGUAACAGCACCAAAAAAAAAAAAAAACAUGGCUGAUGACCGACCCCAAAAAACUGCAUGGAUGAAAAUGAAUUAAAUAUAAUAAAAUAUCAAUAGACAUUUCACUCAUGUCUGCUUUUUAUUAUAAAAUUAUAAAAUUACAAAAAGCACAAAAAGAAUUUUACAACACGUCUGCAUUCCUAAAUCGUACAAAAUCAAAUGUCAAAUUAAUUAACAAUUAAUAAGGCCUCAAAAUGAGAUAUUAGGAUGUCUGAUAUAUUAAAGAAAUUCAUGUAUUUGAAACAAUACCCCUUUAACUAAAAAUAAAUGAAAUCACAGGGGUAUGCUGGAGCCUAUCCCAGUGGUUCUGUUAUACAAUUGUAGUUAAAAAAGUCAAUAAAAUUAGAAUUACAUAUAAGAAUUUAGGCCACAAAAUUAAACACUUCCUGUUUUUGUGCUUUCAAAAUAGUACAUUUCCUUUACUGUAUAUUUCUGCUUAUAAAAUGUUUUCAGAAUAAAGUUUAAAUUAUUUUCCAAAUAAAAGUCCCAACAACAUCGGAUACACAUUGAAUGUUUAAAUUCCCAGUUUUCUUAAAUGCGGCAUUAGCUCGAGCUCCCAGGAGCCAACAAUUCAACGUAGCUCAAGAAGUCGAACUUUGUGGUGUUUGAUUUUUUUUUUUUUUUCAGUGAAGGAAAAAAAAUUUGCACUGAUUCUUUUUUUUGUGUGUUGGGUGGGCGGCUUAUGUGAAAUAAACGGCUGCUGCGAUUUUUUUUUUUUUUUCCUUGAAGUUGCUUACAAUGUAAACAACUGGCGCAACACAAUGACAAUGUUGCGCCUAAUGUUAAAAAAAAAAAAAAAAGAUGAUGUGUUUGCCUCCUGACUGAUUUUGAGGGAUGAAUGUCUGGACGGACUAGCAGGAAGUUAAGGAUUGGAAGUCGGAAGUCGGAAUGACAGACAAUAUGAAGUUACAGCCAUACAUUGAUUUCUGGGUCAGAGAGAUUGAUGAUGGACUUCUCCUGCCCAGCAUGUGUAUCGUCCUGGUUGUCUUACCUGUCCUGAUUGCUCGCCACCCCCAACCCCCGCCCCCACCCGCCCGUUUGUGUCUCUCACUGCUGUGCUGCCAACGUUAACGUAACGGUGGCCAGUGAGCCUUUUCUUCUCUUUUGAACCCUCGCUGCAUUUUCCCACCUUUUGGAAUGUCGAUGUGCUACAAUGUGUUGACACGGUGCAUGAAUGAUAACAUGUGUGUACAUACUGUAUAUGAUUAAUUCCAGACAAGCGUACCCCGUUUCCCCGUGGUGUCAACACACACACACACACACACACACACAAAAUGGUCCGAAUGCUGUACAGAUUCAGUUUUUUUUUGGUUUGUUUUGUUUAUCCAAACUGCACUCCAGUGUUAAGUUUUGGAGUAACUUGCACAUUACUGAUUUGUUUUUUUUGUUUUUUUUUGGUCCUUAAAGCAGGGGUGUCCAAAUUUUUUCCAGCUAGUGCGGCAUAUAGAAAAAUUGAAGGAUGUCAAGGGGUUACUUUGGUAAAUUGUUUUGCAUUAAAAAUAAUAUAGGUCAAUAUAUGCUAAGCUAUCUGAACAAAGCAUCUAAUAUACUUCAUUAAUAACAGUGGUUGGAGUAUGCUGGAGCCUAUCCCAGCUGACUUCAGGCGAGAGGCGCGGUACACUCCGGUCUAGUCGCCAACCAAUCACAGGGCACAUAUAGACAAACAACCAUUCACACUCACAUUCAUACCUAUGGACAAUUUGGAGUCGCUAAUUAACCUAGCAUGUUUUUGGAAUGUGGGAGGAAACCGGAGUACCCGGAGAAAACCCACGCAUGCUCCACACAGAGAUGGCAGAGGGUGGAAUUGAACUCGGGUCCCCUUGCUGUGAGGCCUGAAUGCAAACCACUUAUCCACCGUGCAGCAAUUUGUAAACAUUCAUUCAUUCAUUUUCUACCGCUUUUCCUCACGAGGGUCGCGGGGGUGCUGGAGCCUAUCCCAGCUGACUUCGGGCGAGAGGCGCGGUACACUCCGGUCUAGUCGCCAGCCAAUCACAGGGCACAUAUAGACAAACAACCAUUCACACUCACAUUCAUACCUAUGGACAAUUUGGAGUCGCUAAUUAACCUAGCAUGUUUUUGGAAUGUGGGAGGAAACCGGAGUACCCAGAGAAAACUUAUGCAUGCUCCACACAGAGAUGGCAGAGGGUGGAAUUGAACUCGGGUCCCCUAGCUGUGAGGCCUGCAUGCAAACCACUUUCCACCGUGCAAUAAUUUGUAAACAAUAUUAUCAAUGUAACAAUAUGAUCAACUCAAAAAAAGAAA